UUCGUAAAAAAUAGCCUCACUUAAAUUGAAACCCUAGAGAAAUCUGCUCACUCCGUCUCACACUUCCCUCUCCUCCAACCGGCACUUCUCCCUGGUCUUUACUCUCACCGGCGGCGACAUCUUUUCGUCGGAGAGGAAAAAAAAGAUAUAAAAAAGACGAUGACUUCUCGACCGGAGCUGCAAGCCCCGCCGGAGAUAUUCUACAACGACGAUGAAGCUCGCAAAUACACCUCCUCGUCUCGUAUAAUUGACAUUCAGGCGAAACUUUCUGAGAGAGCAGUCGAACUCUUGGCUUUGCCUGAUGAUGAUGUGCCCAGACUACUGCUUGAUAUUGGUUGCGGAUCAGGUCUUAGUGGGGAGACAUUGACAGAAUUUGGGCACCAGUGGAUCGGGUUAGAUAUAUCCCCAUCGAUGCUUGAUGUUGCUUUAGAGCGUGAAGCCGAGGGUGACCUUAUACUCAGUGACAUGGGUCAGGGGUUAGGGCUUCGUCCUGGAGUCAUUGAUGGUGCUAUAAGUAUCUCAGCUGUUCAGUGGCUGUGCAAUGCUGACAAAUCAUCUCACGAACCACGUCUGAGAUUGAAGGCCUUCUUUGGGUCAUUAUACAGAUGCUUGGCAAGGGGAGCAAGGGCAGUGCUACAAGUAUAUCCCGAAAACGUUGCUCAACGUGAACUUAUCCUAGGUUUUGCCAUGCGUUCCGGCUUUUCUGGCGGUGUUGUUGUUGAUUUUCCACAUAGUACUAAGCAGAGGAAAGAGUACCUUGUGCUAACGUGUGGUCAAGCAUCACUAAAUAGUACAACUCCAAAUGCAAAAGGUGAAGAUGGAGAGAGUUGUUCCGACGAAGACGACAGCAGUGGAGAUGAAAAGAAUCACUCGGUUUCUGUAUCCGACAGGCACAGGCCUAGGAAAAAGCAAAAAUUGAAUAAAAAGGUAAGAGGAAAAGAAUGGGUUCUCAAAAAGAAAGACCAAAUGCGCAGAAAGGGAAACGCUGUUCCUCUAGAUACAAAGUACACUGCUCGUAAAAGAAAAGAUCGCUUUUGAUGAUGUCACCAUUUUUGGUAAACCGGAAGAUGUUCAAACUACAGAUGGUGAGGCAUAAAAUAUACUUGGUUUCUAUUGCAUAUUAGCUGGUGUUAUAAUUGAUAUCAAAUUUUGCCGUAAACAAUCGGAGAAAAGCCGAGUCUAGUUCGAUGUCCAAUUCUUGAUUAAUAUUUUGUUUUUCUUUCUCCUUUGUUUUACAUUUACAGAUUUGAUGGUGAUUCUGUAAUAUUGAUUUAUGUGUCAAUGCUGCCUGCUUGAAAGCAUUCUUGGUAGAUGCUUGAAAAUAUGCUAAUAGUAUGUACCAUGUGGUAUUAUCAUAUUAUGUGGCAAAACAGAUUUAUUCU